ACAAGACCUGGUGCCUUUUCUCAGAGCAAUGGGAAUGUCAAGAGAGGAAUCAUACUCAUCUGAUUUUCCUGUAUGAUCCUGUUCCGCUUCAUUAUUACGGGUUUCUAUUCUGACCUCAAUCUCAUCACCACUGUCCUUUUCUUCCACGUUUUCAAGAACAACAUUAGACCUGUCAUUCUCACUUAUCAUAUUCUUAGUACAGGGUUCAGUAGGGUUUUCCAUACCUUGAUCUCAAGGAGGUUCAGAGUCUUGGACUGGAGCCGGCGUGAUGUAAACUAUAGCUAGUUAGUUAGUAAAAAUCCCUAACUAAUUAGAAGUACAGCUGUAACUAACUUCCUAAAACAGUCUUGUAACUAACUAAAUAAAACAACCUUGUAACUAACUUGUAACUAACCUUGAGAUAUCAAUAUAUAACAGUCUCCUAGCCUGAAAUAUGGCAGAGAAUUCUUUUGAAAAAUCAAUCCAACUUUGAAUUACAUCAAAUUGGUAUCAGAGCAGCCCCGAUUCUUGGACGGAAUGGCUGGCCGAAGAGUUAACAACCCUGCCACGGGGGAAAACCGUGUGCAAGAAGCGGCGGAGGAAAUCACGGUCCUCUCUCCAAAGACAUCAACAGUUCGCUUGCUGGCUGUUGAAGAAUCUUUGGGAGAUCUCCACAACAAAUUUGAUAGAUUGAUGGAAAGUGUCGAACUGUUAAACCGAAGAGAAGAAUUCCCACAGCCACCACCACGGAAUGAAAUUAACUUCCAAAACGACCAACGUUUUGGUGAAACAAGAGGCCGGCGAGCAAGGGGAUACGUUAGAAACAUGAACAAUCCACGAGGACUUCAAAGAAGGAGACCCGGUUACGCUAUACAGCAACAGCUUGACGAAGACUUUCAAGAAGAUCAAGAAGCUUGGCAAGAAACCCAAGAAGAUGAUUCUUCAAGCGGGGAUGAACAAGGAAACAUGUGGAACUUCAAUGAUGAAGCACGAGCAGGAAGAAAUAACCAAAGAAUUGAGGCCAGAAGAGGAGAAUACCACGAUUAUAAGAUGAAGAUUGACCUUCCCAUGUAUGAUGGCAAACGAAACAUAGAAGCAUUCUUGGACUGGAUAAAGAGUACUGAAAACUUCUUCAACUACAUGGAUACGCCUGAACGCAAGAAAGUCCACCUAGUAGCCUUAAAAUUAAGGGCUGGUGCAUCAGCUUGGUGGGAUCAGUUAGAAAUCAAUAGACAAAGAUGUGGAAAACAACCGGUUCGCUCAUGGGAAAAGAUGAAAAAAUUAUUGAAGGCAAGAUUCUUACCACCAAACUACGAACAAACUUUAUACAAUCAGUACCAAAACUGCCGCCAAGGUGUCCGGUCAGUAGCUGAGUACAUUGAAGAAUUCCACCGCCUGAGUGCAAGAACAAACCUAAGCGAAAAUGAACAGCACCAGGUUGCAAGAUUUGUGGGAGGCCUUCGAUUCGACAUCAAGGAAAAGGUCAGACUACAACCAUUUCGUUUCCUGUCUGAAGCAAUAUCAUUUGCAGAAACGGUAGAGGAGAUGAUUGCAAUUCGAUCCAAGAAUCUAAAUAGAAGAUCAGCAUGGGAAACAAAUUCGACAAAAAGCAAAACAAACGACCAACCUUCAACCUCAACAAAAGCAAAAGGGAAAGAAAUUGAUAAUCAAGAAGUAGCCGUUGAAAGAAAGAAAGAACAAACGUUCAAACCUAGUGGUCAGAACAGCUACUCCCGUCCGUCAUUAGGAAAAUGCUUCCGAUGUGGCCAAACUGGCCACCUGUCCGACAACUGUCCGCAAAGAAAAACCAUUGCAAUAGCCGAAGAAGGAGGACAGAUAAGUGAAGACAGUAUAGAAGCAGAGGAAGAAACUGAACUGAUUGAAGCAGAUGAUGGGGAAAGGGUCUCUUGUGUUAUCCAACGGUUACUAAUUACGCCCAAGGAAGAAAAGAACCUGCAACGCCACUGUCUUUUCAAGACAAGAUGCACCAUAAACGGAAGAGUAUGUGAUGUAAUCAUAGACAGCGGCAGCAGUGAAAACUUCGUAGCAAAGAAAUUAGUAACAGUCUUGAAUCUAAAGGCUGAAGCACAUCCAAACCCUUACAAGAUAGGUUGGGUAAGAAAAGGAGGAGAAGCCACGGUCAGCGAAAUUUGUACAGUCCCUCUCUCCAUUGGAAACGCCUACAAAGACCAAAUUGUUUGUGAUGUCAUUGAGAUGGAUGUAUGCCAUCUCCUACUAGGAAGACCUUGGCAGUAUGAUACUCAAUCAUUACACAAAGGGAGGGAAAAUACAUAUGAGUUUCAAUGGAUGGGAAGAAAGGUAGUCUUACUCCCUAUAACGAAAAAGAUUAACGAAGGGUUAAGAGGUGAGAAACAGUUAUUCAUCACUGUUAGUGGGAAAAACAUGCUUAAAGAAAGGGAACAAGACAUCCUAGGACUGGUUGUUAUUGAAAAAACCAAAGAAAAACAGGUUGAAGACAUAGAACCCAAAUUACAGCAGCUCCUUCAUGAGUUCCCUCAUAUAAAGGAUAUCUGGUACAAAUGCUCCAACUUCUUAGACGCUGAUGACUACCACAUUGUUGAAGGAUAUCUAUUUAAAGGAGAACAAUUAUGCAUCCCGCACACCUCACUACGUGAAGCCUUAAUAAAGGAAGCACAUUCUGGAGGGCUAGCUGGACAUUUCGGACAGAAUAAGACAUUGGAGAUCACUUCCAAACGAUACUACUGGCCGCAAAUAAGAAAAGACUCCAAUAAUUUCGUAAAAAGAUGCCCCAUCUGCCAAAGAACCAAAGGCUCCAGCACGAAUGCAGGAUUAUACUCGCCACUACCCAUCCCGACCUCAAUAUGGGAAGAUUUAUCAAUUGACUUCGUGAUUGGAUUACCAAAAACACAAAGACAAUUUGACUCAAUAAUGGUUAUAGUGGACAGAUUCAGCAAAAUGACACAUUUCGUAGCAUGCAAAAAGACAAAUGAUGCAAUCUACAUAGCCAACCUCUUCUUUAGAGAAGUAGUACGACUACAUGGAGUACCUAAAAGCAUAGUAUUAGACAGAGAUGUUCAGUUCCUGAGUCACUUUUGGCGAACACUGUGGAAGAAGUUUGACACAACACUGAAAUUCUUUGGAUGGUGUGCUCUCUCAUUUCCUUCUUGUAUGUCGCAUUCAAUGAAGUUUGUUUUCCUUUGUCCUUUCUAUUUUGAACCACAGUUUCUGGGUUAGGAGUAAAAAAUGCAUCCAUUGGACCCUUUUGCCUUGGCUUCUUCAAGCUCGGGCCCCUUGGUGUUGCUUUGUUGUUUACACUAACACUCCCUUCAUCUUCAUCCUCAAUAUCGUAAUCUUCUACAUCAAUGUCCACAAUCAGAUUUCUUUGUUCUUUAAUAUCUUUUUUCUUGGACAUGUACUCUUUAAUUUCUUCCUUCACGUGAUCCGGACAUUUUGUACAGGCGGUGACAUUUCUAUAACCACCAACGAGGUGUUGUUUCAUUCUAUAUACCCCUCCUUUUGUUACUUUCGAACAAAAUCCACAGACAAACGUAUUUAUAUUUUGGUCAUUUUGCAAUUGACCAUAUUUCCAUGCCGGAUCUUUUCUCGAACUUUCAUCAGCCAUCUAUGAUCUAAGUUAUAAAAAAAAAAACAGAAACUAUUUAAAACAGCAGCUGUUAUUAAAAAAAAAAAAAAACAGAAGCUAUCUAUGGAUGGGAUGAAGUUGUUAUAAAUGGAGGAUUGGAGGGGAGUGUGUUGUGAGAUGGAUGGGAUGAAGGUUGAGUUUGAUGGGUUAUCGAAGGAAGUUGAAGUUGAGAAGUAUAAGAAGAAGAAGAUGUAGACUUUAGUGGAAUGGUGGGAUAAUUUUGGACAAUCAACUCCAAACUUGCAAAAGUUUGCUGUGAGAAUUUUAGGUCUUACUUGUAGUGCUUCUGGAUGCGAGCGUAAUUGGAGUGUGUUUGAACAGCUUCAUAGCAAGAAACGAAAUAGGCUUGCUCAAAGUCGUUUGAAUGAUCUAGUGUUCAUCAAAUACAACAGAGCACUAAAACGUCGAUACAACCUACGAGAUAUUGUCGACCCCAUCUCCUUGAAAGAUAUUGAUGAUAGUAAUGAAUGGUUGAUUGGAAGAUUGGAUGACGAUUCUGAGGAAGGAUGAUGAGUUGGUAUUUAAUGAUGAUUCUUUAACGUGGGGUGAUGUUUCUAGAGCUGUCGGAGCAAAAGAACCAUCAUUCUAUUCUAGAGCUAGUACCUCUAGACCAAAGACUAUUGUUUCUUGUUCAUCCUCGUCUACCACGCAACGGAAACAAGUAAAUUUAGAUGACUUCGAUUUGGAAGAAGAAGAUACUGAUGGCUAUAAGUCUAACGAAGGAUUGAAUGAAGACGAGGAUCAAUUUAGUGAUGAUGAGUUUGAUCUUUAGGGAUGAACUUUUAUUUUGAUUAUUGACUUGUUGAAUACUGGGUAGUUUUUUGUUGUGUUUUGUUGUUUAGGCUACUUAUAUUGGGUACCUAUAUUUUAUACAUUGUUGCUCUGCUA